UCAACCCACCAUCACGCCACACAUCAGCAUCACGAUACCCCACAGCUAGCCAGGCACCUGAUCGGCAACGUAGCUACCAGCCUUAUAAUUCAUCAUGGAUCCAUGGAGAAAUGCAGCGUUGCAGAACGCAAAAAUACAAACAUUCUUAUCAUCGGCCAGAGAUUCAGCUCAUUCAAACACAAAUCAAGACUCGCCUGAAGACCACAGUGAUAUGCCAGCACCACCUGCCUACCACAUGGUUGUCGAUCCUGAGGCACACACAUCCAACAUGUCCUCGCCAUACGAUCCCGAGUCAGAAGACGAGAGAGAAGACAGUGAAGACGAUGCCCCAGAAAUCACGAUCAAUGCAACGACGCAAAUUCGAGGAAGUGGAAACAUCAUCUCCAUCGCGCAGAUGGACAGCGUACGGAUCGCGGGCCUCAUCGCUACAAUAGUUUCUGGAGAUCCUGCACAUUCAGAACCAACAUCGUCUGAAACAUCUACGCCGCCACCACAAGUACCUGUCACCAACCUGAGUUCAAACUCAAAUCGCACCGGAAGGAAGAAGAAGGGCGGGCUCAACGUCAACAUCACUGUGAACUGCGGUGCAACCAUCAUCGGCGACCGCAACAUUGUCGGCCCUGGGCUCGGCGACAUCGCGCGGCAGAUGCAACUCGCGCAGCGCAACGCAGCGAUGCAAGCGCACCAGCAGCAACAGCAGACACAAAUCUUACAACAGCAAAAGCUCGCACAAGGUCUCGCACAGGCCCAGGCACAAAAGCAGUCACAGAUGAAUCUGCAGCACAGUCUGGAGAGAAGCGAGGCCGUUCCAGGGCUCGCGCACUGUCACCAGAAUCUGUAUCAGAGCCAGGCCGGGCUGGUUGGCAUCGGGCAGGUUACUGGGCAGAUUACGCCGCCGAUGUCCAGAAGUGGCAGCUUCGGGAGUGAGGGGAGUCCCAAAGGGAAGAGGAAGGCAGAAGACGAUGCCGGAGAAGGGUUGCUCAUGUUGAAGAGGAGGUGUUGAUUGUUUUCGGUUCGAGGCAUGAUGUUUGGCGUUGAGGCUCAAUGAUGCAUUUGCUGGCGUACCAAGGUUUAGCGUAUACGAAGUCAUGAUUGGUAUGAAGCCAUGCUGGGUUCUUUACCUAUUGCUGUGUCCGUCGAGGCAACCCCUACCUACAUUCAUAAUAUUCAAAAAAAAGCUACUUCUAAACUAUCGGAUGGUGCCGGUCU